AUGGGAAAGAGUGUGGUGACCUAUGAUGAUGUGCGUGUGAACUUCACCCUGGAAGAAUGGGCUUUGCUGGAUCCUUCAGAGAAGAGUCUUUACAGAGAUGUGAUGCUGGAGACCUACAGGAAUCUCACUGCUAUAGGCUACAACUGGGAAGAUGACAGUUUCAAAGAACAUUUUCAAAGUUCUAGAAGGCAUGGAAGGCAUGAGAGAAGUCGGAGUGGAGAGAAACCCUAUGCAUGUAACCAUUGUGGUAAAGGAUUUCCAUAUCCCAGUGCUCUCCAAGCACAUAAAAGGACACACAGUGGAGAGAAACCCUAUGAAUGUAAACAAUGUGGUAAAGCCUUUGCAUAUUAUAAUAAUCUCCAAAUGCAUAAAAAAACUCAUAGUAGAGAGAAACCGUAUGGAUGUAAUCAAUGUGGUAAAGCCUUUGCAUAUGCCAAGAGUCUCCAAGUACAUCAAAGAUCACACACUGGAGAGAAACCCUAUAAAUGUAACCAAUGUGGUAAAGCCUUUACAUAUCGCAGUGGUUUCCAAGUACAUAAAAGAUCACACACUGGAGAGAAACCCUAUGUAUGUAAGCAAUGCGGUAAAGCCUUUCCAUGUAGCAGUCAUUUUCGAAGGCAUAAAAGAAUUCAUACUGGAGAGAAACCUUAUAAUUGUAACCAAUGUGGUAAAGCCUUUGCAUGUAGCAGUCAUUUUCAAAGGCAUAAAAGAACUCAUACUGGAGAGAAACCUUAUAAUUGUAACCAGUGUGGUAAAGCCUUUGCAUGUAGCAGUCAUUUUCAAAGGCAUAAAAGAAUUCAUACUGGAGAGAAACGCUAUGAAUGUUACCAAUGUGGUAAAGCCUUUGCAUAUGCCAAGAGUCUCCAAGUACAUCAAAGAUCACACACUGGAGAGAAACCCUAUAAAUGUAACCAAUGUGGUAAAGCCUUUACAUAUCGCAGUGGUUUCCAAGUACAUAAAAGAUCACACACUGGAGAGAAACCCUAUGUAUGUGAGCAAUGCGGUAAAGCCUUUCCAUGUAGCAGUCAUUUUCAAAGGCAUAAAAGAAUUCAUACUGGAGAGAAACCUUAUAAUUGUAACCAAUGUGGUAAAGCCUUUGCAUGUAGCAGUCAUUUUCAAAGGCAUAAAAGAACUCAUACUGGAGAGAAACCUUAUAAUUGUAACCAGUGUGGUAAAGCCUUUGCAUGUAGCAGUCAUUUUCAAAGGCAUAAAAGAAUUCAUACUGGAGAGAAACGCUAUGAAUGUUACCAAUGUGGUAAAGCCUUUGCAUAUGCCAAGAGUCUCCAAGUACAUCAAAGAUCACACACUGGAGAGAAACACUAUGGAUAUAAUCAAUGCUGGAAACCCUCUGAAUGUAAUUAAUGUAGUAAAGCCUUUGUACAUCAUAGUAGUCUCCAAAUACAUAAAAGAACACAUAGUGGAAAGAAACCCUAUGAAGUAUCCAAUGUGGUGAAACAUUUGCAUAUCCCAAUACUGACCAACAAAAACCAGAGGGUCUGCAUGGUGCAUUUGAGGAACUUAGGGAUGUUGGGCAACAGAAGCACUCUAGAAGAGAUAGUUCAUCAAAUACUCCCAGAAGCGAUGCUGAAUUCCCUGACAGCGUUCUUUGAAAACCCUGUAGACAAACUUUAUAUCCUGGAAGGCUAUGAUGUCUCCUUCAAGGUGGCGUGCUCACCAUUAAGCUGA